GCGAAACAGCGUACUUUCCUAAUAAAACUUUACGAUAUUAAUUAAGCAUUGUUUUCAAGCAAACAAAAAGUAUUCAGGACGGCAAGCACCUUACAACAGCUAUCGUUUCGAAUGCCGGUCUUCUCUCUGUAUUGAGGAAUAAAUUAAACUCGCAAGGUUGAAUGACAAGUCUUGACACAAAGGUUGAUGUUUGCAAGAUGCAAUUCAAGGCUUUGUAGAGCCCAGUUGCUGCCAUGCCAAUAGAGAGUUUACGAAACACGACGCGACAGGUCCAGACGAGCUGGAGGAGUCUAGGAACUAGCGCGGUCUUCUCAUGAGUUUCCAAUCCAGCGCGUGGAGGCCAAUUUCGCAACUCAGAUUUUGGAAUUUUACGUUGUGAGGAAAACGUGGACAUUUUCAUCGCUCAUAUACGAAGUGCAGAAUGGCUGAUCAGGGGCUCAAAGAGACAAAGAACCAAAAGUUGGUGAACAUUGUAGUAUAUUUAUCGUCCCAACUGUAUAACACCAUUAAUUUGUGCCAUAUUUUAAAGCGAACGUUAAACUCACUUCUAGGUCAAUAGGCCAGCACCAAAUGAAUAUUAUGUGUAAUACAAGCUGUUGGGAACGUGUGUUGAUUUUUGUUAGCCUUAUUUCAUAUUUUUAACGGUAGAAGGUGUUAAUUUAUAUUCAAAAUUUCUUAUCUUUUUGUGCAAUGCCAAAUUAAAAAUGGCUACAAAGAAUUAAAACACCCCACCUGUUAGGAUCCAGAAACCUGAAUCCAGAAGGUUAGGGCUUGUGUUUUCAGCAUUGAUUUUUUGUCUUACCCUUUUAGCCAACCCCAAGAUCUUUGUUGUAGUGAGACUAUACAUUAUGAGAAUUACAAGUAAAACUCGGUAUAAGAUUGAACUGUAAAAGUAUUUUGGCUUAAGCAGAAUUAAUUUGUUAUGAUAAAAUUCUAUAACACUGCUAUAGUUUUUAAAUUUAUCUAAUAUGAUUGUACAGAUUGCUUGUUAAGAUUUCAGUGUAUAUUGCUUUGAAUGUUUUCUAUAACAGUUUUCUUGAUUUGGGUCAAAUAUGUGUCUUUAUUGAGUUUUUUCCUAUUUCAAUGUUCUAUUAAUUAGGCCAAAAAUGACAUGGACCCUUGAGCAUGACACACUGCUCUGUAGAGAGAUCCUUGUCGAGGAGCCUUAUCUAUUCAAAAUGGGUACUCGGGAGCGUGGUCACAGUUGGGAUAACGUGGCCAAUAAUUUAAAUAGAAUUGGCCAACCACAUUUUAUGGUAGACCAAAGAGCAGUCCGAGACCGUUUUUUGAAGUUGGAGAGGAGCUUCAAGAGAAAGAUGGCAGAGGAAGAGCGUGCUAGUGGUAUCAGUCCACCAGAACCCACUGAAUUAGAGCAAGCAAUCCAAGAUAUAAUUGAAAGGGGGACUGAGGCACAGGCUGUAAUGUUAAGGGUUGGGGGGAAAGUUGAUGAAAAGGAGAAGGAAACUGCUGAAUCUAUUAGAAAGCGAUCCAUGAAAAGAUUGGCAGAGACAAGAGAGAGGGAGAGUCAGGAAGGAGGAAAGAAAAUAAAAAAGACUGUUUGGGACAAGGACACAGAGGUGAUGCAUUACAUGAGAGAAAAGACUGAGAGAGAGGCUGAACUAAAAAGAGAAGAGUUUGAAUUAAGAAGAAGAGAGAUUGAGAUUAAAGAAAAGGAAAUUAAGAUAAAAGAGAGGGAAAUGGAGAGAGAGUGGGAAAUUAAGCAUCGGGAGCUAGAGAUUAAGGAGAAAAAUUAUGAGGCAAGGGUAAAGAGAGACACAGAAAUGAUGGCAAUGUUUCAGCAGCAGCAAGGGCAAAUGCAACAUCAGAACCAGCUGCUGCUUGAUGUUGUUAAUAAAUUGUUGGAAAAAUCUUAAUAUGUUAACUGUCAUAACAGCAAAUACAAAAAGGAUUUAAUUAAGGUCCCCUUUCUACUAUCAACUUUUGAAUAAGCCUCUUGUUAUAAAUUGUUGAAUUUUACAAAAACAGAUUCCAACUUUUUCAGAAACACAUUAGAGCAUAUAUAGUUAAAUAACUGUUUACUGUUCUGUCAUAGAG